UCAGUAGUUAUUUAAACACUCCAGCAGGAACUCACAAACUUUUACUUUGUAGAAGUCCUCAACAGCUUCACUCUCUCGUUCUUGGAAUACAUUUGAAAAUGACUGUUGAUGACCACAAGGGUAUGAAAGAUCAACUUGAUCAGAAGCCAAAUGGUCUUCGUUUUGUUUCCUCUUGGAGGUGGUACCCUGCUGCUGUGACUCUAGGGGUCCUUUGUCUGGGAUUACUGGUGACUGUUAUAUUGUUGAUACUGCAAUUAUCACAGGUGUCUGAUCUCCUAAAGCAACAGCAAGCAAAUAUUACUCACCAGGAAGAUAUCCUGGAGGGACAGAUUUCAGCCCAGCGCCGAUCAGAAAAAUCUGCCCGGGAGUCACAGAAGGAACUCAAAGAAAUGAUAGAAACCCUUGCCCACAAGCUGGAUGAGAAAUCCAAGAAACUAAUGGAACUUCAUCGCCAGAACCUGAAUCUCCAAGAAGUUCUGAAAGAGGCAGCAAACUAUUCAGGUCCUUGUCCCCAAGACUGGCUCUGGCAUGAAGAAAACUGUUACCAAUUUUCCUCUGGCCCUUUUAAUUGGGAAAAAAGCCAGGAGAACUGCUUGUCUUUGGAUGCCCACUUGCUGAAGAUUAAUAGCACAGAUGAACUGGAAUUCAUCCAGCAAACAAUUGCCCAUUCCAGUUUCCCCUUCUGGAUGGGGUUGUCAAUGAGGAAACCCAACUACUCGUGGCUUUGGGAAGAUGGCACUCCUUUGACGCCCCACUUGUUUAGAAUUCAGGGAGCUGUUUCCCAUAUGUAUCCUUCAGGGACCUGUGCAUAUAUUCAAAGGGGAACUGUUUUUGCUGAAAACUGCAUUUUAACUGCAUUCAGUAUAUGUCAAAAGAAGGCGAAUCUAUUGACAGCACAGUGAAUUUGAAGGAUCUGGAGGAAAAGAAGGAGACCUUUGAAUUCUCUUCUGGAAUUUAAGCUAUACUUCAUCACUUAGAUGUAAACCAUUAGAGCCCCGGGAACUGCCUGCUACUGGUUGAGUGCAGAGCUCCUUAGCAGACACUGGCCCAGCUGCCUGGCACAUUGAUAGCAAAAGUUGUAACUCCCUCUGUAUAUUUUUCCCUAACUUGUUCCAAGUCCUCCCCUGUCGGACUUCAGAGAAGUCAAUUUUCCUGUUUCCAUUGUUUCUAAGAACUUGUUGCCUAACUCAAGGUCACAGCAUUUUUCUCAUUUUUGUCCUAUGCUUUCUUCUAGACAUUGUAGAGUUUCAGAUUUUACAUGGAAAUCUAGAACUUAUUUUAGGUUAAUUUUUAAGUGACAUAUGGAUGUGUGGAAGUUUUUUGUUUGUUUUUUGCUUGUGGGUAUUCAAUUGUUUUCGCAACAUUUGCUGAAAAGACUAUUCUUCCUUCACUACAUUGCCUUUGCACUUUUGUCAACAAUUAUCCAUACAUGCCUGGGUCUAUUUCUGGACUUUAUAUUCCUUUCCAUUUAUUUAUUUAUUAUUUUUGGCUUACAACAUCAUCAUGAUAUUUUGAAUUCUAUGGUUCUUUAAUAUAUCUUGAAAUCACGUGGUAGUUAUUCCUUGUUGUUCCUUUUUAGAGUUGUUUGGUUAAUCUAUGCUUUUGUAUUUCUGUCUUAAAUUGGCUUGUCCAUUUCUAAAAAAACUUGAAAUUUUGAAUUGCACUGAAUCCAUACAUAAAUUUAGGGAAAAUUGAAUUCUUAAAAAUAUUGACUUGUUCAACUCAUGAAAAAGAUGUAUUGCUCUAUUUAUGUAUUCCUUAUUUUCUUUAAGCAAUGCUUUUUAAUGUUCUUUGUGUAGAUGUUGUUAGAUUAUCAUCAUGUAUUUCACAUUUUUUAUGCUACUAUAGAUGGUAUUGUUAUCAUUUGUAGUUCUUAUUUUCAAAGUCUUCUGCUAGUAUGUAGAAUUAUAAUAAAGUUUUAUAUUAAUAUUA